ACAAUUUUUCGUUACCACAAACUCGUGAACCACAAUGUCGAAAGGCGAAAGUAAGGAAACCACCCUACGGCAGCUGUACACGGAGCUCAACAAGCACUGCGGUGCCUCCGAGUUCGACAAAGCCUUGAAGACGGCAAACAAAAUCCUCGGGCUCGACGCGUCGGAAUGGAAGGCGGCCAAGUGUAAGCUCGUGUGUCUGAUACAGAGCGGCAAGUUCGAGGAAGUGCUGAAGUUCAUCGAGCGUGGCACGCCCAUCCCGGACACCACGUUCGAGAAGGCGUACAGCGAGUACCGCCUGAAUCGGGCCGAGAAGGCUCUGCGCACCAUCCGGGAGGCGGCGGCGGCGGCCGGGGGUGCUGGUGGCGCCGGUGACUGGGGUUCGUUGGCGGCGAACCUGAAGGAGCUGCUGGCGCAGGUCCUGUACCGGCUCGAGAAGUACGACGAGUGUUUCGAGCUGUACCGGACGAUCAUCAAGAACACGCACGACGAUUACGAUGACGAGCGGCGCACGAACAUGAGUGCGGUGGCCGCGAACCGUUGCAUCGUGGCCGGUGGCCCGGUGGAAGCCGCCGGUGCCGGUGCUAACCUGCCCGAGGACACGUACGAGCUGGCGUACAACGCGGCCUGUGCGCUGGCCGGACGGCAGCAGUUUGGCGAUGCGGAGCGCAAGUUGCGCACGAGCGAAAAGAUGUGCCGCGAGUCACUGGAGGAGGACGGGGCCAGCGAGGAGGACAUUAUCGACGAGAUCACGGUCAUCAAGGUGCAGCUGGCGUACUGUCUGCAGAUGCAGGGCCGGGUGAAGGAAGCAUCGGCCCUGUACGCGGACGCGCUGCGCCACAAGACGAACGACGCGGCGCUGACGGCGGUCGUGAGCAACAAUCUGGUGGUGAUCAAUCGCGAUCAGAAUGUGUUCGAUUCGAAGAAAAAGAUGAAGGUGGCCAGCUCGGAGCAGGCGGAACAGAAGCUGACCAGCCGUCAGCGCAAGACGAUCGCCUUCAACAACUGUCUGCUGGCGUACUUUGCCAGCCCGUCCGAGUGCGGACUGCUGGCCAGCCGGUUGGCCGAGGCGCACCCGGAGCUAGAGUUUCAGGCGCUCCUGGUACGCGUCAGCCAGCUGGCCCGCGACAAGAAGCACCGCGAAGCGAUCGAUCUGCUGGAAGGGUACGCCAAGCGGUUGCCGCGCGAUCGCACGAUCGCCCUGCUGCAGGUACGGUUCGCUAUCGUACAGCUGCAGCUGGUGGCCGGUAAUCGGAAGGCGGCGAUCGAAACCCUUGAAGCGCUCGGGGAGGCCCGUUACCGGCCGGGCGUAGUGUCGGCGCUCGUUACGCUGCACCUUGGGCUGGACAACAAGCAGGCGGCUUCGGAGAUCCUGAAGAGUGCGGUCGAGUGGUACAAGCGGCAAAAGACGGGCACCACCAACGCCGGUAUCAGCGAUGCCGAUCUGAGCGAUAUGUGGCGCCAGGCAGCAAGCUUCCACCUGCGGGGCGGUGAACCGGAAACGGCCGCCAAGAGCCUGGAGGAGCUGCUCCGGACGCACCCGAACGAUGUGAAGCUCCUGGCGCAGCUGGUCAUCGCGUACGCCCAGUUUGACCCGAAGAAGGCGCAGCAAGCGAGCCGCCGCCUGCCGGCCCUCGAGACCCUGACGACGGUGUCGGAGAUCGAUGCGCUCGAGGCGACGAACUGGAUGAUGAUCGCGAAGGCCGUCCGUCGCAAGCAACCGACGGCGGGUGGCACGGCCGGAUCCGGAACUGCUGGUGGCCGCGGUGCUGCGGACCAAUCCCCGGGCGCAGGCACACCGGGGGCUGCCGAGCAGCAGCAGCAACUGGCGGCCGUCCGCAACCAGAAGCGCAAGAAGCGCAAGGGAAAGUUGCCGAAAAAUUACGACCCCAGCGCACAGCCGGACCCGGAACGGUGGUUGCCGCGUUACGAGCGAACCGGAUAUCGCAAGAAGCGCGAUCGCCGCGUAAAGGAAGUCAUCAAGGGCAGCCAGGGAACGGCCUCCGGACAGGCCGAUCAAUAUGACAUGAGCAAGGCGUACAACCAAACGAAGCAGUCACCGGCGACGCCCGGGACGAGCGGUGGGGUAUCGCAACAGGAGCAGAUGGCCGCCGCAGCAGCCGCCACCCGCCAGUUGCCCCGCAAGAGCCAGCACAAGAAGAAAAAGGGCAAACACUAGGAGAGCAGCGCCGGCAAACGGAUCUUAAUAAAGAAAACGGUGCAUUUUAUUGGACACAGUUGAUUA